AUGGGAAAUGCUUCAGACACAGCCUUGUUUGUCUCCACAAUCUCAAAGGAGCUUGACUUCCUCAUGGGCACCCUCUACAGCAUAUUCUGUGUUCUAUCUCUCCUGGGGAAUGGCAUAUUGCUGCUUGUUGCGUAUCGUAAGCACUUGUCCUUGAAGCCGGCCGAGUUCUUCAUCAUUAACCUGUCCAUCAGCGACCUUGGGAUGACCCUGUCUUUAUUCCCUCUGGCCAUUCCCUCUGCAUUCGCUCACAAGUGGUUGUUUAAUGAGAUCACCUGUCAGUUCUAUGCUAUGUGUGGGGUUCUGUUUGGUCUGUGCAGCCUGACCAACCUCACAGCUCUCUCCUUCGUCUGUUGCCUCAAAGUCAGCUUCCCUAACUAUGGUAACAAGUUCUCCUCGUCCCAUGCCUGUGUCCUAGUGGUGUCUGUGUGGUGUUAUGCCUCUGUGUUCGCCAUCAGUCCCCUGGCACAGUGGGGACACUACGGGCCCGAGCCUUAUGGCACUGCCUGCUGCAUUGACUGGCACGCUCCCAACCACGAGCUGUCAACACUGUCCUACAUCGUCUGCCUGUUCCUCUUCUGCUACGCUCUGCCCUGCACCGUCAUCUUCCUCUCCUACACCUUCAUCCUGCUGACGGUGCGCGGCUCUCGCCAGGCCGUCCAGCAGCAUGUGUCGUCCCAAACCAAGACCACCAAUGCACACGGCCUCAUCGUCAAGUUGUCAGUAGCAGUAUGCAUCGGCUUCCUUGGUGCAUGGAGCCCUUACGCCAUAGUGGCCAUGUGGGCGGCAUUUGGUGACGCCACCAGUGUGCCUCCUGCUGCAUUCGCCCUGGCGGCCAUCUUUGCCAAAUCAUCCACCAUCUACAACCCUAUGGUCUACCUGCUGUGCAAACCCAACUUCCGCAAGUGUCUUUGUCGAGACACGUCCACAAUCCGCAAUAGGAUCUGCAGGGGCAGCCCCCGGCCUGAACAGAAAGACCCUUUUGGAUCCAUAUCCCAGCCAUCCCAGAGAAACAACAAGGAAAUUAGCAUCUCAUAUGGACAGCCAGAGAGCCCCAUGGUGUGUCUGCACUGUGCUGAGGAUGGAGCUCCCUUCCACACAGGGACCACAUCCCAGAGGACUGCCUGCAUACUGACAGGCUCCACCUACAGCGAGGUGACUGUCGGUCAACUCUCUGCCAAUCUGCAAGCUGAUUUCCUCUAGUAGUGCAUCAGAACUGUAUCCUACCCUAAUCGUUCAGACAGGGAUGGCGAGAUGGCCAGGUGGAAAGAGAUGGCCAGGAAGGGAGAGACAGACAGUAAAAUGGCAAAAAGGCUUGGUUUAAUCAUAUCUUGCAAUCUGGCACACAAGCCAACAUGACAGUGUCUGUGUCAGUGAGAGAUGCUGGGCCCAUCUUAACUCAUCAGCAUUUUCUGACAUCUGUAUGUACAGUUGAAGUUGGAAGUUUACAUACACCUUAGCCAAAUACAUUUAAACUCAGUUUUC